AUGGAGCUCACUGAUAAUGAUAAGUCUCUCUCCAAGGUGUUGACUAAAGGUAGUAGGGAGAAGAUGAACCAGCUACGGAACCAGAAGCUCACUUCCCAGGAAGGAUUCAACAGCCGAAUGGAGAGGAACCGGAAGGAUCGGCGAAUACUAGAUCCGGCUUGCGAAGACUGGUACAAGAGAGACUUUUUCUACCGGAAGACUCGGAGACUAUCCAAUACUCGGUUACUAUCUAAUGAGGUUCACAGUGACCAAAUAAGCAAGGAGAUACAGGGGAACACUCUUCUGAUGAAAACGAGUGGAAAGAAAGUGUCUCAAAGUCAAGGACAAGAGAAUCAAGAGCUAAGGACUUCUCCAGACUCUGAGAAAACCAUUCCUGAUCUGCCAGAGCGUAACGGGUCUCCAAGGCUUAAGUUACAUGUAUCAGCAAGACUAGGGGAGAGACAAAAGGAAACCAGAGUUGUCACGGGGAUACAAAAGAAUAUGAGGAAGACACAAAGCAAAAGCACAACCAGAAGAAGAGGGGGAGAGCAGUCCACUACCAGGUGCUAA